CAGAGUUCAGAUUCACUGUCACCAGUAGUAGCUACCACAAGGGUUUUUAGACAGCAAUGGCAGACGCUUACGCAUUUACUUUGCUUGUUGAGUUUAAGGGUAAUCACAAUAUUCCGAAACUGAAAAACAAAUUAGUAAAAUAUUUCCAAAGUAAAAAGUCCAAUGGUGGUGAUUGUUUAGUGAAAUAUGAAGAUGAAGAAGCAGUGGUGCGGUUCAAAACAGAGGCGGCUAGGCAGAGAGUUCUUGAGAAGAAAGAACACGUGAUUCGGUUGGAUCAAGGAGUGCUAAAACUUAUAAUUCGACUGCCCUCAGAUGAGGUCACAAAAUGUGUGCAGGAUACCCCGUCUCCCAUCAAUUCAGGCAGCUCAUACCUAGAGAGUGUGCAUGGAGAUAGCCACACCCUCCUGUCUGAGUCCCAGAAGGAGACAGAGAUGGAGGUUGAUCCAAUAGAAGUGGAGGAAGAGCUGGUGUCUACCUCCGUAGUGUUGGGUAACAUUGAGAAGAGCAUGAACCAGGAGUUCUUGGAGAUGCUGAUUGAGAACAUUCUGAGUGCCCAUAACACCUCUGGUUGUGAUUCUGCAACUGAACUCUUCAGUCUGGAGAUCCUUCAACCUGCACUAGACACCAGUUUAGCUGUGGUGACUUUCCAACAUGGAAAAGAUGCUAAGGACUUCAUCACCUGCUGUACCAGCAAUAGGAUGUUCAAGCAGAAGCAACUGUCUGUAAGACUCUUAGAAAUAACACAAAAGGUUAAAGUUGAAAACAUACCUCCAAAUGUCUGUUCAGACCACGUCCAGCUGUCAUUUGGAAAAGGGGGUGAAGAAGUGGAAGUCGCUGAAAUGAAUGAAGAAGACCAAACCGCAAUACUCACCUUUCAGGAUCCUACAGCUGUUCACAGAGUCCUACAAAAGCCACAUUACAUCGAGAAGCAGCCUAUCAAGGCUUUCCCCUUCUAUGAUUCUCUGGGAACGGCCCUGUAUGGUAAAGACAGACCCAUAUUGACACUUCCUUCUGCCUUUACCGAAAACAUUGACCCUGCCAUUUGGAGAUUCCUCUGUGAAAACCAGGAAGCUGCAGAUACCAUCCACAAGGAAAUGACCAAACACUUUUGCAAAGUAGACCUCCAACAAUCAACCAUUAAGUUAAGCCCACUGCCAUGCCUACUCGAACAGAAUGGUGUGAAACCUAAGCAUGUGCAACAGUGGAAGGAUACCACUAAGGCAGCCUUAUUCCAAACCUUGUCUAACUUUAAGUCUUUGGAUCUCAAAGUUCAAGGCACAGCGUGGGAAGAGUCUGAAAGUGAUAUUCGCAGGGCUCUGUCCAGGGAGUCUGUGAUGGUUGUCCCUGACCAGGCCAGAAGUGUUUUGGUUGUUGUGGGAUUUGUAGGAGAUGUGGAUGGGCUCAGGGAGACACUGGAUGGGAUCAUGGAUAGGAUUGCUCGAAGAAUCAACAGAGAAAAGAUGAGCAUAACGGAGGAGUUCCCUCUGACUCCCUGUAUUUACCAUGUACUUUUGCAAGACGGCCUGUUAGACAAGAUUGUCAGUGAAUUCCCAGAGUUGAAGCUGACUUAUAAUCAACAGAACCAGAGUGUGACAAUCUAUGGCUUGACAGAAGAGGUAUUGGGUGCUAACAGAAAGCUUAUUGAAGGAGUACUAGCCCUGAAACGAAGGCUGGUGGAAUUGGAUGACUACCUUGUUAAGUUCCUGCAGGAUGAAGACCAGGAAAAGCUAACCAUUUCCUUAUUGACAUCACAGAGUAUCAAUGCAGCACUAGAAAUAGAAAGAAAAGGAGUGCUGCUUCUUGCUGUCUCUGAGGAGGUCUUGAGCGAUGCAGAACUUCUCCUGGAUACACUUCUGAUGUCUCAAUACAUAGAUGUUGAAGACUUGAAUGUCCUGAAAAUGUCAGAGUGGGAGAACCUAGUCAUCCGUUUGGGGGAUUCUUCAAACACUCCUUUCAGGAAAGUAAUGAUCCAGACAGCAGAUGACUAUUCAGCUCAACAAGUUGUAGUGUCUGGUUUCAAGGAAACUGUUCUGUCAGUCAGGAAUGAAUUGGAGGAUUUCUUACACCAAAACACUAGUGACAACGAAACUAUUGAAGUUAUACCUGAAGUCAUUGGUAAAUUCAUUCAGGAACAACACAAAGAUGCAUGGUCCGACAGAGUCAGAGAUAGUGGAGUUCAAGUAUCUUUUAAGGAUGGAGCCAUUUACCUGAGUGGAACCAGAGUUCAUGUAAGAGAUUGCAAAGCAUUAUUCGAAAACCUGGUGUCCUCCACGUUUUUUGACACCUUGACACUCUCCAUGCCUGGAGCAAAGAAGUUCUUCCAGGACAAGGAGGCCAUGUAUGUUUCUACAAUCAUGAGUCAGACAGGCUGUGUGGUCCAGCUGGUAGAAGACUACAGUGACAAGAGUAUACAAGAAAUUAAGCUGUCAGGAGGAGUGAAACCUACCUACCAGCUUCAGACAACUGAUGGGGUGGAGAUAGCUGUUUGUAAAGCUGACAUAUGCAGGUAUUCCGUACAUGCCGUAGUCAACGCUGCUGCUCUUGACCUGAAACACACUGGAGGUCUGGCAGGAGCUCUUCUGGAUGCUGCUGGCCCUCAAAUGCAGGAUGAGUGUGACCAGAUCAUCAAGAACAAGGGUCACCUCAAGCCAGGAGACAGUGUUAUCACUAGUGCAGGAGGGAAGCUGCACUGCAAGUCUGUCAUUCAUGCAGUGGGGCCCAGGUUUGACAAGGCAAACCCCCAGAAGGCCAUUGGACAGUUAAGGAGGGCGGUGAAAGGGAGCCUUGAUUUAGCAGAGACACACACCUGCUUGUAUGUGGCCAUACCUGCUAUUAGCUCUGGAAAUCUAGGCUUUCCUCUAACCCUGUGUGCAGACACCAUCGUCAAAGCGGUUAAAGAAUACUGUGAUGACAAGUUUGGGGAUAACACUCUGCAGAAGAUCCAUCUGGUGAACAAAGAUGAGCGGACUGUCCAAGCUAUGGAGGUAGCAGUACGGAACGUGUUUGGGAGCCAUGGGACUAGUAUUCCAAAACAGAAUCAACGCACAAUAGCCACACACAGCCAGCCUGGUAGUCAAGUUCAACGAACCAGCGGUUGCGACAGAGUGCAGACGCAAGAGGGACUGGCUAUUGUCUUGUUGAAAGGGAACAUCCAAGACUCUGUGACGGAAGUGGUUGUCAACACUGUGGGCAGUGACCUAGCACUUAACCAUGGUGCAGUCUCCAAGGCCAUCCUUACUGUUGCUGGGCCCCAACUACAGACCUUGGUAGACCAACAGGCCCAUGGCGGAAGAGUUGGGGACGUAAUUGUCACAGCUGGCUGUAAUCUAAAGAGCAAGCAGGUGUUUCAUACCAUUGCCCCUCACUGGGACAAUGGACAAGGACCAGCACAAAAGAACAUGAGCAAGAUUGUUCAGCAGUGCCUUGGUAUGGCAGAGCAGCAGGGAUUCCUCUCAAUUACUUUUCCUGCCAUUGGCACGGGAAACUUGGGCUUCCCUAAAGACCUGGCGGCUUGUCUGGUGCUGCAAGAAGUCCUCAGGUUCAGCCGUAAACAACACCCUAAGAGCCUGAAAGAGGUGGUGUUCGUCCUCCACCCUGGUGAUGCUCCAACGAUCCAGGCUUUCACUAAUGAAUUUCACAAAACGUUCACAUCCCAGUUGGGAACGCAAGGGAGUUCGGCAGCAUCCAGUCAACAUAUUAAAGGCCCUUUCUCUAAGGUCAUCUCAAGCUCAGGACAGCAUGAAACGAAGAUGGGAGCGGUUGUUAUACAGGCUGUCACUGGAGACAUCACCAAGGAAAUUACUGAUGUCAUUGUCAACUCCUCAAAUGUCAGCUUUAGUCUGCAUUCUGGGGUGUCUAAGGCCAUUCUUGAUGCAGCUGGUCAAACUGUGGUAGCAGAAUGCCAACAACUGGGAGCCCAGCCUAACAAUGGAGUGAUACUUUCCCAGUCAGGCAAUUUGAUGUGUAAGAAGAUCAUCCACUUGGUUGGUCAGACAGACCCAAAGAAGAUACAGGAGGUGGUCAAAGUAGCACUGCAGAUGUGCGCAGAGAACAACCUCACAUCCAUCUCCUUCCCUGCGCUCGGCACAGGCCAAGGCAAUGUGCAAGCUGGCCAGGUGGCGGAUGCUAUGUUGGAUGCUAUUGUGGAGUUUGUGAGACAGAAGUCUCAGAACAGUCUGAAACUGAUCCGGCUGGUCAUCUUCCAGCCAGCAAUGCUGACAGAGUUUCAUAAGUCAAUUCAGAAGAAGGAGGACACAAGGGUUGAUUUGAAGGAGAAUAGCAGCAUCUGGGGGGCAAUUAAGUCAUUGUUUACCUGGGGUAAAGCAGACAAGCCACUAAAGGAUGAGGACUUUAUCAUUGAGGGCCAGGAAGGGGAUCCAGCGUUUUUCCACAUCUGUGGCAAAUCUCAGGUCGGGGUGGACCAAGCCAAGCAUUGGAUCAAGGAUCUAAUCCUGAAGGAACAAGUCAGCAACAGUAUCAUAGACAAUGCUAUACUCAACCUGUCAGAUACCGACCGCCAGUGCAUCGAUUCUAUGCAGACAACAAUGGGAGUCAGUGUGAGGAUGGAAUACAAUUCGUUAAAGCAGGAAGCCAAGCUCACUAUUGAGGGCCUCAGCAAGGACGUCCUCAAUGCGAUCAACGACAUCCAGGGGAUGCUAAGGAAGGCCAGGGAUAAAGAAACCUUCGACAAGAAUGUGGAGUUGGCUAGGAACUUGGUGGAGUGGCAGUAUGAGCAGCAGCCAGGCAGGCAGUACCAGAGCUUUGACCAGAUCACCAACUUCCUUUUGGAACAGGCGCUGGAGAGGAAGCAGCCUCACACGGAGGUCUCUGUCCAGGGGCAGAUGUAUAAGGUCGCCCUGCCUGACGGGCCUGCAACUGAUACCCAUGGCAACAGCCUCAAGAUAAGACGAAUCAACAAGUUAGAAGUUGACACUCUCCCUCCACAUUGGGAUGCCAUGCCAGCCAACAAGUCAUGCCAUUCCUUCCUCGUCCAGCCAGGAAGCCCAGAGCACCAGGAAGUCUUGAAACUGUUCCAAGCCACCUGCACCAACAAUGUUAUAAAGAUUGAGAGGGUCCAGAACCCAAGCCUCUGGAUGAACGUCCAGAUCAAGAAAGGUGAAAUGGAGCUCAGGAACAGUCAUAAGAACAAUGAAAAGAGGCUCUUCCAUGGAAUGUGUCCUACUACCAUCAAUCACAUCAACCAGCAUGGUUUCAACCGGAGCUACGCUGGGAAAAAUGCUGCCGUACAUGGAAAUGGAACCUACUUUGCUGUUGCUGCAAGAUACUCAGCCAGUAACACCUAUUCAAAGCCAGAUUUGCAGGGGCAGAAGUACAUGUAUUUGUGUCGAGUUCUGACUGGAGAUUUUACCAAGGGACAACAGGGGAUGAUCGUGCCUCCAGCAAAAAAUCCUACAACAGCUCAACUCUACGACAGCGUGACAGACAACCCGGCACAGCCGUCCAUGUUUGUUGUAUUCAAUGACAUUCAGGCAUAUCCUGAGUACUUGAUCACGUUCCGCUAAACCACAAAACCACCAGAAAAGUAAUGCAACACAAGCUUUAUAUUCUUUGGAGAUUUCUGGAGCCUAGAUGACUAACCUUUCUGCUUUAAACACACUUAACAUUGUACACAAUGUUUCUUGAGAACUGAAAAAUACUGAUGCCACUUUUUAGUGUAUGCAUGGGGAUUCCUGUGAAUGUACAUACUUGUUACAUUUAUAUUGUAGCCAUUUAGCAGACUUAGAGGUGUAAUUAGGGUUUAGUGCUUUUCUCUAGGGGACAACCACAGAUUUUCACAGUAAUUCACUGAAUAUUAUUUAGGAUUUUAGUUCAGUGUUAUCAAAUUGACCAUAAAAUCAAUAUCACUGCCUUAUGACCAUAACUUUCUAUUGCAUUAGAUUAUGGAUAGAGAAUAAUACUUUUGGAAAGUACCAGACUGCUGAGAAAUCAAUCAUGUGACAGCAAAUGGAAUAUUUAGUAAAUGUGUUUACAAAUGAAAAAUGAAAAGGAAAGAAAAUAUCUGUUCCAGCAAGUAGAUGUUUGAACAUUCUAGAUUGGAUAACUCUCUUGGCCUUGUUUGUUAUGUUAUCUAAUCCUUCUUCAUGCUUUAGAAAGAGGGGUUUGUUACGUUUCAGUUUCAUCCUUCUGAGUCCUAGGGAUUGAUUUAUUACUACCGGAUUUACUGUUUAACACUUUGUGACAAAACAUGUUAUUGAUUGUUACAUUUCAUUGACCAAUUGACUGCCAAUGGAAUUACAUAUAUUAAUCUCAUUAAUGAAAAGACUGAAACCUCGAAAUAUAAAUAAAUCUAUUACUUAUAUGCA